CGAGGGCAUAAUUUUGAAGCCGUGCUGUUGCUUCACGCUACCGAAGAUGGACGAUCUAAUCAGAUCCUGAUCAUUUCGGGCGUCAAGUUUGGCAUACCUGCUGCUGGAAAGCUGCCGGCGUCCUUUGCUAAGAAUGUACUCAAAGUAUUCCAAGUUUUGGCCCAAGGGCGGCCUUCCUGGUAUCUUGCAUCAUUUCACAGAAUCUUUGGUCACCUUUGAAUUUACUUCUGGCACCGUCCGAAAGCCGCACAGCCUCGUGUUUGUCGGAGGCCUUGGUGAUGGUCUGGCGACCACGUCUUACCUCGCCGACGUCAUCCACGCACUCAAUCCGACCGAAUGGUCAGUUUUCACCUUGAACCUAACAUCAUCCUAUCAAUCAUGGGGUCUGGGACACCUGGAUAGAGAUACGGAUGAGCUUGCGAGGUGCGUCCAGUACGUUAAGGACUACAAGACCACCAAAUAUGGCGCGGGCAGGAUCGUCAUCAUGGGUCACUCCACUGGCUCUCAGGAUGUAUUGCACUACCUGUCAAAACCCAAUCCUCUGACAAGCAGACCAUCAUUUGAUCCGGGACUGCAUCACGUGAAACGCCUGGCUGUGGAUGGUGCGAUUAUGCAAGCCGCAGUAUCAGACCGCGAAGUCAUCAAGCUCCUCCUUGAAUUGAAAGAUGGUUGGGGAGACAAGACACAGGAUGAAAUGAAGGAGUUGUACAACAAGCUGGUGGCUCUAUCAAAGGAGGCGCAGGAGAGCGGAAAGCCGGGAGAUGUAUUGCUUCCACUGGCGCUGACGAACUGCAUCUAUCCGAUGAACACGCCUCUCACAUGUCGAAGAUUCUUGAGCCUUGUGAGCCCAUCGAGUCCGCAAACUCCGUCUGAGGAUGACCUGUUUAGCUCUGAUAUCUCCGAUGAGCAGCUUGAGGAGACGUUUGGCAUGAUUAAGGAGCGAGGACUGCUCACCGGAAAGCUUCUUGUUCUCUCGUCCGGAGCUGACCAGUCUGUGCCAGAGUGGGUUGACAAGAAGAAACUGCUCUCACGGUGGAAGACUGCCACCAACCACGGAGACAAGUAUGAUAUAUGGGACGAAGAGCACAGCGGGAUUAUACCUGGAGCCUCCCAUGCACUGAGCAACGACGACCAGGCGGAGUGUCGUAAGGAUCUGUGUCGCCGUGUGCUGGGCUUCCUGCAGCUCUUGAACAAAGAUUCUACGUCUAAUGUACAACGAAGCUUCAUGUGUGCCAAAGACUUGGGGGCAGACUGUCUGUGUCGGAAAUAAUUUGAAUUGAAAUUUGACAAUCAACCAAGAAAAAACAAAGUAUCUUCAUGAGACUGUCACCGGAGUCUGCGGCAGCGCAUUCUGUACUGCAGUCAGUGAAUCCUUCACGUGAUCUUUCUGUUUUUCCUUAUUGAGCUCAAUGAUAAAGCCCUCCCAUUUGUCCAGCUUUUCUCUGCACAUUUUCUCGUACAUGUCGAUACCAGCGGGGAAGGUCAACAUCUGCGUC